CGCGCAUGUAAUCAUCCAGAGAUUUUACCCAGAAGUAGCUUACAGCAGCGUCAAGCAUUUUUGCAGAAAGUUGUUGUUUUAACAUCGACGUUGUGGUUGUGUGGUUGAGAUGGAGGCGCUGCUGAAGAGAGAGCUGGCCACAUCUGUCCUGAAGAGCACUGGUCAUUCAGGAGGAGGCUGCAUCAGUGAAGGCCAGAGCUAUGACACGGACACGGGAAGAGUGUUCGUUAAGAUCAACCACAAGAACGAGGCUCGGAGAAUGUUUGAUGGAGAAAAGGCAAGCUUGGAGGCAAUUCUGUCCUCAAACACUGUGAAAGUCCCAAGGCCAGUGAAGGUUGUGGAUCUUGAGAAAAGUGGAGCUCUUCUCAUUAUGGAGCAUGUGGAUAUGAAGAGCUUAAAUAAAUACUCAUCAAAAUUGGGAGAACAGCUGGCUGACCUGCAUCUUCACAACAAGAGACAGAUAGAGAAACAAAGCAAGGAGCAGCAGACUGUUGGAAAGUCUGAGGUUGUAGCAGUCAACAAGUUUGGAUUUGACGUGGCUACAUGCUGUGGUUAUAUCCCUCAGGUGAAUGACUGGCAGGAGGAUUGGGUGUCCUUUUACUCCCAACAGAGGCUGCAGCAUCAACUGGGAUUGGUGGAGAAGUCAUAUGGAGACCGAGAGGCCAGAGAACUCUGGGCUAAACUCCAACUGAAGAUCCCUCAGCUAUUUACAGAUGUAGAGCUGGUUCCUGCUCUGCUGCAUGGAGAUCUGUGGGGAGGAAACGUGGCUGAAUGCUCUGAUGGUCCAGUCAUCUUUGACCCCGCAUCAUUUUAUGGCCAUUCGGAGUACGAGCUGGCCAUUGCCGGCAUGUUUGGUGGUUUUGGGAGCUCGUUUUACAAUGCCUACCACGAGAAGAUCCCCAAGACCGCUGGCUUUGCAAAAAGGCAUCAGCUAUACCAGCUGUUUCACUAUCUGAACCACUGGAAUCAUUUUGGUGGAGGCUACAGGGGGUCUUCGCUACGCAUUAUGAAGGAUUUAACAAAGUAGAUUCCAACAGCGUGAUUCAAGAACAGAUCACCUUAAGUCUUCAUUAAUAAAGGUGGAUGUAAAAUUAA